AUGAGCAGCAACAUGCCACUCCCGCUCCAGGAGUUGGCUAUGAAGAACCUGCUGAGGAAUGAGCUGGUGGCUGACAGCGCUUUGCCGACCUUGCCCAAAAAGUUCUUACCACAGCUGUUCAAGCAAGCCUUUGAGGGUAAUCAUGUCAAGGCUGUGAGGACAAUAGCGUCUUCCUGGCCCUUCCCCCGCCUCCCACUUGGAGUUCUGAAGAGGAGGACAACCUACGCAGAGACCCUAGCUGUCCUAGAGGAGAUUGAUAAAUUGCUUGUCCAGAAGGUUCGCCCCAGGGAUUACCAGCUGCAAGUACUGGAUUUGCGGUCUGUGGGUCAGACCUAUAUGGAUGUGUGGUCUGGAUCUGCGGAUGACUGGUUACCGAAGACCACGAGCGAGACUCAAGCAGUGCCGGGCCCCUCUACGGCAGAAGCGACUCAGCCCUUGAAGGUGGCGGUGAACUUGUACCUCAGGGAAGCCUGCCCAGGCACGAUGUUCUCCUACCUCAUUGAAUGGCAUAAUAAGAGGAGAGGGCUGUUACAGCUGUACUGUAACGAGCUUCAGAUUUGGUUCCCGAGCCUUCAGAACUACAGGAGGCUCUCCCAGAAGGUGAACCUGGAGUACGUAGAAACCCUGGCCUUCCAUGAGUCCUACAAUCCAGCCUUCUUGUUUAACGUGGCUCCGUAUAUGGGCCGCAUGAAGAACCUGCGUCAACUCACUCUCUCCAACAUCCUCUCAGAGAGCUACAUCUCCCCAGAGAAGAAGAGGAACAUCAUCAGCAGGUUCACCUCACACCUCCUCAGGCUGGAGCACCUCCAGAAGCUGCAUCUGGAUGCUGUCAGCUUCCUUGAGGGGCACCUGCCCUGGCUGCUUAGGUCUGUGAAGACAAUCUUGGAUGACCUGGCAGUGACUCAAUGUAAACUCUCCGUGUCUGAAUGGAACCGUCUUUCUGGGUUCCCAUGUGUCAGUCGGUUGCAACACCUGAGUCUGGGAAAAGUCAGAUUGAGGAAUUUAAGCCCUGAGCCCCUCCGAGUUCUGUUAGUAAAUGCCGGACCCACCCUGGUGACCCUGGACUUGGAGGACUGUCACAUUGGGGACGACCAUCUCUCUGCCAUCCUGCCUGCCCUGAGCAGCUGCACCCAGCUCACCGACUUCAGCUUCUACGGGAACCAAAUCUCCAUGGUUGCCCUGAAGGACCUGCUACAGCACACCGCCAGCUUGAGGCUCCUAAAGCUGGAGCUGUACCCGGUCCCUCAGGAGAGCUAUGACUGCCGGGGCACUCCCCUCAUGAGGAGCAUGCGCCAGCAGUGUGAUGAGCUCCUGGACAUGCUGAAAGCCAUCAGGGAGCCAGUGCGGGUCUUUUUUGGUACUGACCGCUGCAAUCGAUGUGGCAGUCGCUACAUCUACAACAAAACCAAGAUGUGUGACUGUCGAAGAUUUUACUAG